GAGGAUUGUCUCGGAACAUGUCAUUGGUCAGGACGGCCCCUAUGUUAAUAAGGGGGUAGCCCCAGCCAGUAGAAGGUCGGAACGUCCUAUCUCCUGCCCUAACUCCCUACAUCCAGGGGCAGAUCAAGAUGGCACCAACUUUUUACCAUCAUUGGCCUGAGCCCGUGACUGAAAAAUCAGCGUCCAUGGAACAAAGUCAGCGGUGGGGGUGGAAGUGGCUGAGCAUUGGCCUGACCUUGCUGGCACUGGCUCUGUUUGUGGCCCUGAUGGUCUUUGCCGUCAGAGCCAGCAGCAAAGCCUGCAAGGAGGGCCUCCAAGCAGAGCAGGAGUGUCGCAAUGUCACCCGCCUCCUGGAACUGCAGCUAGCCCAAACCCGGCAACACUUACUGGGGGCGAAGGACGAGGCUGCCACCUGCAACCAGACUGUGGUGAACCUUUCCGCUUCCCUGGAAAUGGAGAAGGCCCAGGGUCUGGAGCAGCUCAGGGGAAGAGAGGAGCUUCAGCGAGAGGUUGAGAAAUUGAAGAAGCAGCUGCAGGACGCUUCGGAGGAGGUGGAACGACUCAGGACCCGGAGACCUUCCCGCCUCAGCACGAAACAGUUAACCUGGACGCUUCUCCCACGGGGUCUUAGGGCUAGCCCCCACUUCCGCAGACCAGCUCCGGCAUCAGAUCUCUGCAACCUCUCCACUCCAAUUAGCAGCCUUCUCCCACCUGUGGAUGGCCUCCUCUUCAGUCCUGCUGGGCCCACUUCUAUCUCUGACACCAUCCCUGCGCUCGCCUUCCUCAACAACAAAGGUUAAGGAGUCUCCCUUUCCAAAGCCCAUUUAAUCAACCAUCUGUCCCACACCUAGGAUUUUUGCUCACAUGGG